AUGCUGCUGGAGCUGUGCGUGGUGGUGGUGGAGAAGACACUUCCCUUGGGGCUGGGAGAUGGGCAGCUCUUCACCUGGACUGAUGGCCUGAAGAGGAAGGACUGGCACGAUUAUGAGAGCAUUCAGAAGGAUGCCAUGCGUUCAGGGAAGGGGGAGCACGGAAAGCCGUACCCUCUUACAGAAGAAGACCACGAUGACUCUGCUUACAGGGAAAAUGGCUUCAACAUCUUCGUUAGCAACAACAUUGCGCUGGAGCGAUCCCUGCCAGACAUCCGGCAUCCCAACUGCAAGCACAAGGUAUACUUGGAAAAGCUACCGAAUACGAGCAUAAUUAUCCCCUUCCAUAACGAAGGCUGGACUUCGCUCCUGCGGACAAUACACAGCAUCAUCAACCGCACGCCGGACAGCCUCAUCGCCGAGAUCAUUCUGGUGGAUGACUUCAGCGACAGAGAACAUUUAAAAGAGAAGCUGGAGGAGUACAUGGUCCGUUUUGCCAAAGUGAGGAUUGUCCGUACCAAGAAACGCGAAGGGCUCAUUCGGACCAGACUGCUCGGAGCCUCGCUGGCUCGAGGAGAAGUCUUGACAUUUCUGGAUUCCCAUUGCGAAGUCAACGUGAAUUGGCUGCCUCCCUUGCUUAACCAGAUUGCGCUGAACCACAAAACCAUCGUGUGCCCCAUGAUCGAUGUCAUCGACCACAACCACUUUGGCUACGAGGCGCAGGCGGGGGAUGCCAUGCGAGGAGCUUUUGACUGGGAGAUGUACUACAAACGGAUCCCCAUCCCUCCGGAGCUCCAGCGGGAUGACCCCAGCGACCCCUUCGAGUCCCCCGUCAUGGCUGGAGGUCUCUUUGCCGUUAACCGGGAAUGGUUUUGGGAGCUGGGAGGAUAUGAUCCAGGAUUGGAAAUAUGGGGAGGAGAGCAGUAUGAAAUCUCCUUUAAGGUGUGGAUGUGUGGAGGCGGCAUGUUUGACGUUCCCUGCUCGCGGGUUGGGCACAUCUACAGGAAGUACGUCCCCUAUAAAGUCCCUUCUGGAACCAGCCUGGCACGGAACCUGAAGCGCGUGGCGGAGACGUGGAUGGAUGAGUUUGCUGAGUACAUCUACCAGCGGCGGCCGGAGUACAGACACCUCUCCACGGGGGACAUCUCAGCACAGAAGGAACUGCGCAAGCACCUGAAAUGUAAAGAUUUCAAGUGGUUCAUGGCUGCAGUGGCGUGGGACGUCCCCAAAUAUUACCCUCCCGUGGAGCCUCCGCCUGCUGCCUGGGGGGAGAUCCGAAACGUGGCAGCCAACCUGUGCGUGGACAGCAAACACGGGGCCACGGGCACCGAGCUGAGGCUGGACGUCUGCGUGAAGGACGGCUCGGAGCGCACCUGGUCCCACGAGCAGCUCUUCACCUUCGGCUGGCGAGAGGACAUCCGCCCCGGGGAGCCGCUGCACAGCAGGAAGUUCUGCUUCGACGCCGUCUCGCACAGCAGCCCCGUGACGCUCUACGACUGCCACGGGAUGAAGGGCAACCAGCACUGGAGCUACAGGAAGGACAAAACCUUGUUCCACGCAGUAAGCAGCAGCUGCAUAGACUGCAACCCAGCCGAGAAGAAGAUUUUCAUGAACAGAUGCGAUCCUUUAUCUGAAACCCAGCAGUGGAUUUUUGAACAUAUUAAUACGACUGUUUUAGAAAAAUUUAACGGCAAGGCCAGUUCCUAGAAAGAAAAAGAAACCAACGAUGAACGCACCCGAUUGCGUACAGACUGCAGACGGCAUUUUCGCCAGCAUCUGGGUGGAAGGAGUCAGGAAUUAAAUUUCCUAGAUCCAGGAAAUGUGCCCCGAGGCUUAGGGAAACGCAGGAGCCAGCGGGCGGUCCCUGGGGACGUACGGGAUCCGAAGAACUUGGCCAAGAGCCUCGCCGGAUGCUGCCGAGAACUUCAGCUGAAAGUUCCCUUGCUGGUCAAGGGGAAAAAACUUUGUUUAAAAAACAAAACAGAAACUGUUUAAAAGUACUCCAAGUUAAUAAAGUAAAACAACCCCCCCGCCUUUCUCAGGUCAGGUCCUGCUGCAGCGAGUAGCUCCGGACAGACGCUGCCCUUUGGGAUGGGUUUGUGGUACAGGAACCUGAAGAAAUCCCAGGUUUUAGAACCAAACGUGCUGGGGGAAGAAUGGUGACGCCCCAGCGCUCCCCAGACAAGAUAUAUGCUCUGUUGACGUUCUCUUAAUAAAAGGCUGGGUUAAGCAGGUUUAACCCUCAAAACUGCUGCAAUUAAUUUUAAAUACCUCCCUUUUACAUUCCAGUCAUUACCCAAAUAGGAAUGGUAGAAACCUUAGGGUCUAGAAUUACACUGUAGCGAAGCAUGAAAUAAUCUGUAAGGUUUUGCCCUCACGUUUCCCCCCUUUCAGGAGAAAAAAAAGAGAAAAAAAAAGAAGUAAAGCAAUCAAAUUUCUAUAUGUGAUAUAUUUAGCAACUGUGAUUCAAAUCCCCUUGUCACACAAGGUGAGAUGUUUUUCUUUCAGUGACAAAUAUAACGGCGGCAGCUGUAGCGUGACGGAAGGCUUGUGGACCAGCUAUCUUCUCUGAAGGCAGAAUCCUUAGCAAAGUAUAAAUUAAAUUGAAAACAGGCUGGAAAAUGGCAUAAAUUAAAUUGAAAAUAGGCUGGAAAAUGGGCAUGAAGCGUGCUGGGUGCUGUCGGAGUGCAGAAAUCCCUGCGGGAAGUCACGAUGGAGGAAAUGAGAGGUGCAAACGAGCUCCAUGUCAUGAUAUUUUGGUGUUUUGGGCAGAGGUGCAGUGCAGGGUCAGACAGACUGCUGUCACACUCCUGAUGGUCGUGCCCCGUGGUGCCCCUCAGACCCACCAGGCUGUUGGCAGGAGAGGCCUCUGAAACAGGUCUGGGGGAAGGACGGUUCCUCUGAGCAGGAACCAGCCACUACUGAUGCCUGGAACGUAAUUGAUAGGUUUGGGAUUUUCCAAGACAAAAGCAAGUACAAAUUUAUCUCCAGUAAGUGCAUGGCCUGCUGUAACUCACAGGAUGGAUUUGCCGAUGAAAGCAGCAGAAAUGCAGGUGGAUCACGUCCUCUCAGGGGUGGCUCAGGUUCCACAGAUUAAGUUGCUUAUCCCCAUGGCUGGAGAGGGGGCUGACCCACCAAAACCCCUGUCCCUCUUGGAGGAAGGGGGGUGGCUGUGCUUUCCCCAUGGCUCCUCCAGCUGGGUUUAUGAGCCAGGAGCACUGAUUGCGUCCAGAGGGUGGUUCUGCUACCAGUAACUGCGUGCUAUUUUGUGGCAGCCCCUCGUAGUUGUAGAUUAAGACCCAAAAAAUGUUGGUGAUGGGCAGGUUUUGGGGGGGUGAGACUGUGUGGCGUUUGGGAUGCGUGUGCUGGGAAAAAUGUGAGAUGCAGCCGUGCACUGAGCGGUUGCUGCAAGUUGGAGAUCCAAAGACAUGUGUCUUAGACUUAGACUUCUCAUUUUAUUGUUUGAAAAGAAGUGGGCUGUUUCAGGCAUUGUUUAAAUUCCCAGUGAAGGUGUGUGCUCUGAGGAAUGGAUGCAGCAGGGCUGCUGUGGGAGGAUGCUCGGACUCACCAGCUCCUGGUACCCAGGGCCAGCUGCAGGGAGAGCAUCACCCUUCCCCGGUGCCACACUCGUAGCAUCGGUUAUUUGCAGCCUGGGAAUGAGGAAAGAGGAUUUGGAAGGAGAAGAAGAAAGUGGCUGCCUAAAAAAUGCAAAUGCAGCCCUCGAGCUGCUGCUUGUGCCUGGCCGCAAACUGUCACAGUCCUGGAAGCAGCACUUGUGUGCCCAAAAUAGAGGAGGGUGGCAGAGGGAUUUCCAUCCUGCACAGACUGGGGGGGUGGUAUCACUCCUGUCUGACUGCAGCCGAUGCUCCGAGUGUGAAAUGUCUCAUUCCAAGGCUGCUGUGGGAGCAAAGAGCUUCCGUGCCUUUUGCAUUCCCCCAGAGUAAUAGGGCACAGCCAAAGGGAACCGUAACCAUCACUGGGCACUAAUUGUGAGGUCUAGCAGUCCUUGAUAGGAAACAAUCCACAUAACUAAUGGGGUUUUUUUGGGGAAAAAAAUAUUCUACAUAAUGUUUUCAGGUUUUAUAGGCAAAAAUAUAUUGGAGUUUGUCAUGAGUCAACAGUGGAACAACCAUUGAUCAAUCUGGAAAUACAAAGGUUAAAUGAAGGUCCGUAUUUUGAGGAAAGUUUAAUAAGAACCCUAGGUGCAGCAUAAAAACACAGGCACACAUAUAUAUGUAUGCAUAUAUGCUUAUGUGACCAUAUAUACAUAUGUGAAAGAGGCAGAUGGAGAAGGGAGGUUUGUUUUCACUUCAUGGGCUGAUCUUUCAAAUAUUUACUACAACCAGAACUGCACAGAAAAAAAAAAUAUAGGACACAUUAGCCUAAUAGUGAAGACAGUUGUUAUCUCACUGGUUUCAGCUUCAGCAAAUUUCUCUUUUUAAAAAAAAUCUGAGACAAAAAGCCCUGGCCUGGAGCUUCACCCCAGCCAUCUGCAGCCCCCUCCUCUGGGCAGAAGGUGGUCCCAGGGACAGGGAGCUGCUCCUGGAGCCUUCGGGGUGAGGGGUCCCUAAAAUGUGUAGGACUUGCUCAGUACAGGGCUCCUUCAGCGAGAAGUUUUUAUUAAUAAUAAAUGAUCAUCCCUACCUCUAAAUUAAAUUCUGUCUGGGGUGUUCUCCAAAGCUUUCCACCGAUAACAGUGUUUUGUGACUCAUUGAACAUUUUUUAAAUCUUCCUACAGCCGUAUCCUUUCCACCCAACAAACUUCUUGGUGGGAUGGAUGGAUAUAUCUUCCCCUCAUAUUUCACCAGGAGCGUUUAGCUUUAAUGGGCUUUUCUCCACAAGGCUGGGGUAUUUCUCUUCACGGAGGGUUUGUUUUUUUAAAAAUACCAGAUAUUUCUCAAUAUUCUUUGAAUCUCGUGCAUGAGCAGCGUCAGCUGACAAGGGCUCAUCCUUUCCAUGGAGCUCUGCUAAUCUGACCCAACCGAUGACCUGCUCAGUUUAUUCAAUUAAUUGUUUUAUGGUUGAGAGGGCUUUAAUCAACGUGCCUGAAAAGAAGAUCUUUGUAUCUUGAGAACUCAUCAGCACCGACCCUACAUUUUUUCCAUGUAAGGUUAUCAGACUCUUAUUUGUGGCCAGCAGAUGAUGGCCAUGGGAACUGGAAAAGCUGGAAUAAACACCGAGUACAACCAAAACUUCAAAAUCAUGUGUUUCCCUGCAUGUAUUCCAGAAUCUAAACUAAAGGGAAGCCUUGGGGUAGAGGGCUUGAAGGAGGGAGGAGGAUCUGGGAGAGGUUUCAUGUCUCUUGGUGCAGAGACACGAUGAGACUUCACUUUCCAUUACUCCAGACAAAUGAGAUGGCCUUAGAACAAGUGUUUGUGCAGCACUGCGGGUGUUUUAGUGAUAGAAUGGGUACUUCCAGGGGGUUGUCCAUUUGCAAAGGAAGGGUCUGGAGCUGCCAAACAAGGUCUUCCUCAUGGCUGGCAGCUUCCCAGGCACCACGUCUCCGUCAGCUCAGGAAAUCCAAUGCCAGAGCAAAUCGUAGAGGAAGCAUAAAGAAAUAAGCUAAACCAAACUGAUUCGAUGGGUUGCCUCUCUGUAAGACUGCAGGUCACUUUUGUGGAGUUUUUUUAAAAAAAAAAGUCAUCAUAAUUAGAAUUUAUUUGCAUUUUUACUGAUCACUUCAGCAAGGGAUGAGAGAGUGGGACCCUCUUAAGCUGCCCGUUCCAGCCCUGGGGGCUGCGAUGCGGCUGCACCCAUUUUCUGAUCACAGAGCAUCGACCUUUAAUGCUGUCAGCCCAGCCUUUGCCAAGAGAACACAGGAUGUGCAUUAAAAAAAAAAAAAGAAAGAAUAGGAUGAUGGGCUUGGUUUUGGUUUUUUAAUCCAUCAGGGUUGUGAGGGAAAACAUUUCAAAACCCUUGCAAACAAAAAAGCUGAUCAGAAAUAGCUUUUUCAUAGCUGGUAUCAGGCAUAAAAAGUUCAUUUGUUUAACCCCUGUCCAAACGUGGUCUAUAUGUCUCCUCUCAGUAAGGACACAAGGGUCCAGGAGAGCUUCUGCAGAAGAUUUUUGAGGCUCUUGCUCUGUCUGAAAGAAAGUUAUGAAAGAGAUGUAAAAAAAUAACUGAAAUAAGCCAGAAGGUAACAAAAAACCCCCAGCCAACCAACCAAAAAAAAAAACAAACCACCCCAAAAAUACCCAAGGACAAAUACCUGGUAUUGCAUUAUAUAUGUAUACUUUUAUAUUACACAUAAAAAUAGCUGGUAUUGCAUUAUAUACAUCUACUCUACCAGGAGAUUUUGCUGAACUUCACGUGCUAAAAUAAUACCCCUUGACUGGAAAAUUUUAGACAAAUAAGUAACAUAGUUUAGUAAAUCUUUAGUGUAUAGAGCUUUCUAUUUAAGAUUUUUACUCUUAAAAAAAUCAAAUUUUAGUGAAUCUGUAAUACAUAAUCUGUUCUGAGGUGUCCUGUAAUCCCAAGUUUUCAUUUUAUAAUUCUGAAUGCACUGGACUGGAGAAAAUCUA